UUCAGUGCGUAUGUUUUGAGGUCUGUGUGUUAUGGCAAAGCUAUUGACAUUUUCCGAGACCAGCCACUGUUUCAGCGCUUGAAUUCGACAAAACCAAUUCAACUUCUAUUAGCAAUGUUCUAAUGCGAUGAGCUUAGACCCUUCUACAUUAACCAGUAAACAUAGCAACAUAAUACACAGUUAUUCUGCUCUACCAUCUCUGUGUAAGGUCGUUGAAGAUACACUUCAACACAAGUCGGAUGGUUUUUUGAAUCUUGAACUGACGAACAAGUUCAAGGAGAAAAAAAGAAGAAGAAAAACCCACUUGUGGCUUCACAGACCCAAACAGAGGAAUCCAAGACCAGAAGACAUGUCUAUGAAUGGUUUCAGCACAGAAGAGGAUAGCCGUGGGGGACAUGACCAGAUUUGCUGUCUGUUUGAUUCAGGAGAGCGAUGUACAAACCAGGCUGGCAAUGCCAGCUACAGUAAACGUAUACAGAAAACUGUGCAACAGCGCAAACUCAAAUUAGUUAGAGAUGAUAGUGUGGCCCACAUCUAUAUCUGUGACUACCAUAAGAAUGUGAUACAGAGUGUUAGGGCAAAGAGGAAGAGGAAGGAUAGUGAGGAUGGUAACGGUUCCCCUAAUGUAGAGGAGGACCUUCCAGAGAUUGACUUUUUCCAAAUGCCUGUGAACACAUUGAGGCGAUACAAGCGCCAUUACAAACUCAUGACUAGACCUGGCAUGAACAACAAAGCACAGCUUGCAGAUACUGUUGCUCGGCACUUCAAGACUAUAACAGUGAAUGAGAAGGAAGCACUGACUUACUUCAUUUACAUGGCCAAGAACUAUAAGAGUCGAUUUGAUCAGAAGCAUUUGGAUAAUGUGAAUAGCACAUAGAUUUUCAUGCAGGAUGCGGAGUAUGUGAGGAUUUGUGAAUGUGUGAGAUUGUUAUUAAAAUGUCCAUUUUAAAUGGACCCAUUUGUUGUUAUUUUAAAUAUGAAUGGAAUUAUAAAGUGCAAAUUUAUCAAUAGCUUUGAAAUUUCACUUUUUUAUGGUAUGGAAAUAAACACCAUGUUAGCACUUGGUAGUUUUGAUAUUUUUUCCAAAUUAAACUUUUUUGCAAUUGUCAAAUAUGUGAAAGUAGGUAAGGAGUUUGUGAAAAACAUGUCUCUUUAAUACCAGUCUGCUGGUGUUUUAUUGUAACCUUUCAUGAAGUAAUUCAUGACCACUGUACUUGAAUUUAUAGUUAAAACAUAUGAAAGACCGCACAAAGAUAGAGGAACUAGGAAAAUUUGGCAAGCCAAUUUGUAUCUCGCCAAACUUUAUGUAAAAUUCUAAAUUGGAAUGAUUCUUUUUUCUAAUUAGAGAAAAGGUUUAUUUAGGUUAAAUGCAAUACAUAUUUGUACAGAUAACCUGGGAUCAGAUUUCUAUGUAAGAGUUCAUUACCCAUGCAAAUAUUCCCAAUCCACUCUUUAAGUAAUUUGUCCAAAAGUUUGUGCUUCUUUACUUAUUUAUAGGUAGGUUUAUUGAUGCAAUUUAGAGUUAUCUUACAAGUGUUUCUGAUGAAUGGCCACACCUCAGAAUACUGUACUUCUAUCAAUUUAGAGUUAUCUUACAAGUGUUUCUGAUGAAUGGUCACACCUCAGAAUACUGUACUUCUAUCAAUUUAGAGUUAUCUUACAAGUGUUUCUGAUGAAUGGUCACACCUCAGAAUACUGUACUUCUAUCAAUUUAGAGUUAUCUUACAAGUGUUUCUGAUGAAUGGUCACACCUCAGAAUACUGUACUUCUAUCAAUUUAGAGUUAUCUUACAAGUGUUUCUGAUGAAUGGUCACACCUCAGAAUACUGUACUUCUAUCAAUUUAGAGUUAUCUUACAAGUGUUUCUGAUGAAUGGUCACACCUCAGAAUACUGUACUUCUAUCAAUUUAGAGUUAUCUUACAAGUGUUUCUGAUGAAUGGUCACACCUCAGAAUACUGUACUUCUAUCAAUUUAGAGUUAUCUUACAAGUGUUUCUGAUGAAUGGCCACACCUCAGAAUACUGUACUUCUAUCAAUUUAGAGUUAUCUUACAAGUGUUUCUGAUGAAUGGUCACACCUCAGAAUACUGUACUUCUAUCAAUUUAGAGUUAUCUUACAAGUGUUUCUGAUGAAUGGUCACACCUCAGAAUACUGUACUUCUAUCAAUUUAGAGUUAUCUUACAAGUGUUUCUGAUGAAUGGCCACACCUCAGAAUACUGUACUUCUAUCAAUUUAGAGUUAUCUUACAAGUGUUUCUGAUGAAUGGCCACACUUCAGAAUACUGUACUUCUAUCAAUUUAGUGUUAUCCUACAAGUGUAUCUAUGAAUGGCCACACUUCAGAAUACUGUACUUCUAUCAGUUCUCAGUGAUUUUUAGAAGAUUUGGAUGAAUAUUAUUGCUAUUAAACAAAUUCAUUAUCUACUAUUAUCAGCUGUACCUAGCAGUCAAACUAGGUAACUUGUACACCACUUGCACAUUUUAAGCCACACUGGAAAAUCCUCAAUCAAGAAAUUAGACUUGUGCAUCUGUUCCCUAGAAGUCGCUAUUUGACAUACCAUUUACAGGAAAGGUUGUUUUUGUGGGUUCACAGACUAAUUUUCUUAUUUUCACCAAAACUAUUCACUCUGUAAACAAAAUGUCCUUUUUUCACCUUGGCCAUGCAAAAGACAGUAGAUUUCUCAGAUACUUUUAUUUGAUUUCAUCCUCAGAAGUAAGAAAUACACUCCCUCUAAAAGAACAAUCUUUGCAAUAGUUGUGUUUAGAUUCAAAUAUUUUUAUGGUGAUAAAUUUGAUAUCAGAACUAGUGUUUUUCAAUGAUUUGAAGGAUUUUCUGAAAGAACUGAAUUGAAUUUCUUUAUUUUGGUUUUUCUUUUAAUUUUCCAUUUCAUAUUGAAACAAGUUUAAAGACAGAUUACCUGCUUGAUCAUGAGUAUUGUUCCAUGAAUACAGGCCCAGGUCUUCUAUUUAGUUGGUUCCUGCAUCAGAUUACCUUUCAUUGUCAAUGUAUACAUAAAAGUGUUGAAUAGGGUGAACAUUGAUUGUCACUCUAGAAUGGAAUGAACAGUGAUGUUAGAUUAUAAUUAAUUUUCCAACUUAAUGUCUUGUUGUUUCUCAAACUGACUUUUACUUAAUAAAAUGAUGAUCAAUUGUCAGUUUCAGAAGUCGAUACUAGUUUUACAUGUCAUGUUGAUCUAAGUGCUAUUAAAUACGUGUAAAUUAAACCAAAUUGUAUUCCAUCUUUCAUGGGUGUUCAAAUGGGAAUUUUCUGGUGUAAUUUUCGACUAAUCAAAACCUGAAUAAUUAAGAAUUUUUGUCUUCUUGUGAGACAAAAUUUCCCAGAAGUGAUGAAGCCAACACGUCGUUUACAAUAUUUUUCUUCCCCAGGAUUGUUCAACAAACAGAAUUUCAACUGUUUUUAAGUUACGAGUCUUUGCAAAAUUAGUCAGAUUUUGACAUUUUCCAGGCUCUCUUUACUUUUCCUCAGUUAUUACUGAGGCAAAUGCUUGUGAAGACAAGAUUCCAAUUUCUUGUAGCUGUGAAAACCAGAUGAAAUGUCAGGAUGUUGGUCAAUUUUAAUUGUCCUUGGCCACACUAGGUGAUGGCAGGUGUAGUUAAAGACAGGGUUGACUAUUUGUAUACUGAACAAGGUUUGUAAACAACAAUCAUCAUUCUUUUCUAUAAUAUCCAUGUGGGUGAUACAAGCCCAUGGGGCUUUCUUUUUACUGGAAUGGACAAUACAUGUUAUAGACCAAUAUAUGAAAUGUAACAGUUGUUUUGAUGAAAAUAUUAAAACAUUUGAAACUAUGA